AUGUGCAGCCCCCGCUCCCGUGCCCUCAGAGUCCCACGGCUCCGGUGUUUCCCUGACAGGAUCUUCCUGGACUCCCCUAGGAGAAUGAGGGGUGACCGAGCCAUGCUGUGCAGAGGCCCCUUCCUGCUGACCCGCCUGGGAAGGCCACACCUUAAUUCAGAUUAAUCAGUGAUGCUUCGGACACUAAAUGGAGAAAAAGAUGACAGAAGUCUGGCCGGAGAUGAGAAGAACAAUUUAAAGGGCAGGUAUCGUUUUUACUUGCUUUCCAAUGGGGAGGAGAAUGUGUUUAUUGGUCAAUCCAAAAUCUACAGCUACCUGAAUCCUAACAAAACUCCCGGUGCUCGCCCCCCGCUUCAGGAAGAAAACUCUGUCAUGUAUCACGAGGUGAAAUGUCAGGGCAAAACACUAAAGGAAACCUACAGGAAAAGAGAUGAAAAAAAGAAUGGUGGCAAUAUAAUUGAAGGUGCUAUGAAACCAGAAGACCAGAAAGAUAAAGCAAGUGGGUGCAAUACUUCAGUGCCCUCCUCUGAUCAAAACCAAGAAACCGUAGAAGCCCAAAAGACGCCCUUGCCUUCAGAGUGUGCUGAUGAGGCCAAUGCAAAGCCAGCUCAGAAAAAGAUGGUUAAAGCAAAGCGUGGACCAAGGAGAAAAACGCAAGGAAGAACACCAAAUCGAAAAGUGACAGAUUAUUACCCAGUUAGAAGAAGUUCCAGGAAGAGCAAAUCUGAAUUGGAGACUGAGGAGAGGAGGAAAAUAGAUGAGCUAAUUACAAGCGGGAAGGAAGAAGGAAUGAAGAUUGAUUACAUCGAUGGCAAAGGGAGAGGAGUAAUCGCUACUAAACAUUUUAAUCGAGGAGAAUUUGUAGUUGAAUAUCAUGGGGAUCUCAUAGAGAUCACUGAUGCUAAAAAGCGAGAAGCUGUGUAUGCUCAAGAUCCAUCCACGGGCUGCUAUAUGUACUAUUUUCAGUACCUCAGCAAAACGUACUGUGUUGAUGCUACAAAAGAAACUAAUCGUCUGGGAAGACUGAUUAAUCACAGCAAAUGUGGCAAUUGUCAAACAAAGCUUCAUGACAUCAAUGGUGUGCCUCAUCUCAUACUGAUAGCUUCCAGAGACAUUAAAGCAGGUGAAGAACUGUUGUACGACUAUGGAGACAGAAGCAAAGCUUCCAUUGAAGCUCAUCCGUGGCUGAAACACUAA